AUGGCCAUGAAGGAUUUCUACGAGUCGAUCUCUGAUUCUUACCAGAAAGCGUACGCCAAUGACCCUUUGGUCCUCGGCUUUAUUGAGAGCGUCUUAAGCUACUUGCCACCACAAGCCCGUACCUUGGAUAUGGGUUGCGGGACAGGCAAUCCUUUGGAUAUGGCUUUGGCUGCUGCAGGGCAUAAGGUUAAGGGGGUAGAUAGAUCGGCCUCGAUGAUCGAGCUUAUUAGAAAGAAUGUACCCAGUGGUACCUUUCUAACCGAGGACAUGUAUGCCUAUGAACACCCAAAGGAGGAGCCCUUGGAUGCGGUGUUUAAUGUGCGCGCUCUCUUCCAUCAUAUGAGGGAGCCCAACGAAGAGUGUGUAAGGCGCUGGGGAAGAUGGCUACCCAGUGGCGGUCUGCUGUGCAUGGUUGUACUUACCGCCGAUGAUUACAAUCCAGCGAAGAUUGAGAAAUAUGAUGCAGAUGGACAGUUUGCAAGAGUAAGGAGGCGAUUUAUGGGCAGAGAAGAGGUAUAUAUGCUGCCUACCCGACAUGGAUUGAAGCAUCUUCUGAAUGAGAAUGGACUUGUGAUUGUGAACGAAACAACUGGAAUUUUCGUGCCACCUCACGAAGCCGACUCUGACGAAGCAGCACAAUAUUGUUUUAUUGCUACGAAGAUGUGA